AACAAAGUGACGUGCUCAACGUGUGAUCAUGUGACUAGACAAAAUGGCGACCGCCAUGUUGAGUGGCCGCAUCGCGCUAGUAACAGGUGCAGGAAGUGGCAUUGGACGCGCAGUAUGCCAGGUGUUGGCAAGAGAGGGCGCUGCAGUAGCUGCCGUAGAUAUCAACCAAACGUCUGCUGAGAAGACAGUGGGUGAUCUACAACCAAUUACGUCAUCACCAAACUGCCAUCACCCGUUUGCUGCAGAUGUCUCUGAUUCAAAAGUGGUUGAGGACUUGGUUGGAAUGGUGAAAAAAAGGUACGAGGGUGUUCCAUCCAUAUUGGUUAAUGCAGCAGGAAUCACCAGGGAUAAUUUUUUACUAAAACUUGAUGAGAAGAGUUUUGAUGAAGUUAUCAAAGUAAAUCUGAAGGGUACUUAUCUGAUGACCAAGGCCAUAGCCCAGUUAAUGGUGGAAAAUUCCCAGCCUGGGUCCAUAGUUAAUAUUGCUAGUAUAGUGGGUAAAGUGGGCAAUAUUGGUCAAGCUAAUUAUGCUGCCUCAAAGUCUGGUGUAGAAGGGCUUACCAAAACAGUAGCUAAGGAAAUGGGGAGGUAUGGUAUUCGCUGUAACUCCGUGCUGCCUGGUUUCAUAGACACUCCAAUGACAGAAGCUGUGCCAGAGAAAGUGAUAGAUAACAUGAGGAAGAUGAUACCAGCAGGCAGGACAGGAAAACCAGAAGAGGUGGCAGAGGCUUGUUUGUUCUUGGCUUCGGAUAGAAGCAGCUACAUAACUGGAAUAAGUCUGGAAGUAGCAGGUGGACUUUUUAUGUAAGAGUUACAAGACAUUUAGCUCCAG